AUGACCAUUUUUCGCAUCCGUGCAGAGGUGGUGGCGGUGGAAGAUCGAUCGCCUUCCAGGACGGUUUCAUUCUUUUAUCAAGGUCCAGAGGCUGAAGCGCAGGCUUUGGCAGAACAUCCACUAGCAGGUGACUUCAGGUUGCUGCGCCAGAGAUAUGGAAAGCGGCCGGUGUACAGGCGAGCUCCACUGCAAACAUGCGGCCCCAGGCCAAGCUUGCCUUCACAGCCUGGACUUUUCCUCUUCUUCGAGCCUCGGUCUGGAUACUGGGUGGUCAGCACCAUCUCACCUCUGGCGGCAAACCACGCGAUAGCGUUCGCUAGACCAGAUGUGCUGGGGCGAUUUGGCCAGGUCCUUGCAAGAAGCGGACCAGCUUGGAGUUCUUUGCUUCCGCAGGAGGCUCCAGCUUGGGAUGCAGCUGAUAGUCAGGUUCCUGGCUUUCAUCACCGUUUGUCAACUUCCAGAGCACCUCCCAGCGCUUUGCUCUCUGAUCAGCUGAUGCCAACGGAAUGGCUUCAACUCAUGGCUUCCGGGACAGAUGCAUCGCCUACAUUCUUGUGUGUGGGUGGCUGUGGAAGCAGGGUGCAGUCACUGAAUGGCUCAUAUGAGCUCCUUCCUGAAUCCAUGUGGGCCUCUAGGCCAGCUUGGAAGAAAAUGCGGCCAGAGGAAGACGAUGAGGAGGAUCACUUUCCGAAGUACAUCUUCUUUUGGCCGGAGACUGGCCAUUGGAUCAUUGGUCCAGAGCUUCAUGUUGCUCAAACUGGACUGGCCAGGAAUGGCCCUGGCCGCUGGGCAGCACAUUCCCCUGAUCAUUGUCCAGGGCGUUGGGCAGCUUUGGAUGGAAGUACUUUCUCUGAAGAUCCCAAGAUAUUCGUUCGUCGUCAGAAAGCCGCCUUCGGAGGCUUGGAUACCUUUGGUCUUUCCAGUGCAAUGUCUCCUUGCCAGAGCCUCGGGCCUCGAGCAAAAGCAUUGCCUUGUUCGCCUCGUGCUUGUAGGAGUGCCAUCUUCCAGUCGGAGGCGACUUCCAGAGCGACAAGUCCCACAGCAGCGCGGAAUUCCCCGCUGCCAAAGAGUGGAGGCGAAGAUCGCCGCUUGUCCAGUCCAAGAAUCUCACCGCGGGAGAUGCAGCUCCAUAAGAUGGGCGGCUCACCAAAAUCGCCAAAAGAGAGUCAUGGGAGCCCGAACUGCACAAGGAUGAGACAGGAUUCUUGCUGUGUUUCACGACCUGAGAAAGAGGCGGGUCACGGAAACGUUCACGGUCAAUGCACCUUCCAACAGCAGAUCACAGCAGUCUGAGCAGGUCCUCGGCCCAAAGGGAACGAAAAAGUGUGGAGUCGUGGCAUGCCAUGGUCGGUGCAUGCCAAGUGCAAUGGGAUUUUUGUGCGUGAAAUUGGACAAGAUUCGCAAGACAUGUGAUGGAAUGCGCAGUGCUCGAUGCUUUUCGCCUCAAAGCU